AGCUCUUCUACAUCAUUUCCAUUUCCAUUUCCAUUUCCAUGUAAAUUGUAAGCCAUAGUUUGCAACUGCUACGUCUACGACUUCUUUUUGCGUUCACUGUCUCUCGUUGAAGUAGGAUCGAUCAUCUUUCACGUCUCCGUCACCGGUAACCUAAUGCGAUUUGACUCUUCCUAACACCCGAUCACCCGCAAGAGUGGAAAUCAAUUAUCAAAUAGGAAAUGGAUACAAGUAAUUGGAGGCAUAUUGACGAUGGAAGUGGCGAUGUUGGUGACUCCUCUAUGGAAUCUAGUGAUUGGAGGGCUCAACUGCAAGCAGAUUUAAGGGAAAGGAUGGUGAACAGGAUAUUGGAUGCCAUGAAGAUGCACCUUCAGGUCUCUGGAGAUGAGGGGCUACAGGAGCUUAGGAAAGUAGCUGUGAGUUUUGAAGAGAAGAUUUAUGCCACUGCAACAAGUCAGUCUGAUUAUAUGCGGAAGACAUGUUUCAAGAUAUUGACUAUCGAAACCAGAUCACAAAAUCCCAUGCCAGAUGCUAAUAGUGUAAACAACUCAGAUCCAGCAUCAUUAGAUUCCACAAAUGGUGAAGACUGGCAAGAGGAAGUUUACGAAAAGAUAAAAAUUAUGAAGGAUCUUUAUCUACAAGAUUUGAAUGACAUGCACCAGAAACUUGUUCGCAAAUUGCAGCAGCAUGAUUCUCUUCCUCAGCAAUCAAAUAAUGAGCAACUUGAGAAGCUGAAAGCAUUCAAAAACAUGUUGGAGCGUUUCAUGGCAUUCUUACAAAUCCAAAAGCACAACAUUUUAGUCAACUAUAAAGACAAACUGAGUACUUACGAGAAGCAGAUCAUCCAUAUCAUCACCUCAAACCUCCGGAAACCUGCCGCCACUCAGCAGCCACCACCACAACCACUUCCUCCACCACCACAUAUGCAUUCUGUGCAACAAAAUAUCAGUAUGAAUGGUUCUCUACAGCAAAAUUCAGUGAAUGGGACUGCUGCCCAACAAGUAAACAUAAAUCCUUUGGUGUCACAUAAUGGGAUAGCUCAGACGGGAAAUGAAAAUGAUGGAGAUUGGCAGGAGGAAGUGUAUCAAAAGAUAAAAGCUAUGAAGGAUCUGUAUCUACCAGAUUUGAAUGACAUGCACCAUAAAAUUCUUAGCAAAUUGCUACAGCACGAUUCUCUUCCUCAGCAGCCAAAGAACGAGCAACUUGAGAGGCUGAGAAUAUUCAAAAACAUGUUGGAACGUUUCAUGGCAUUCUUACAAAUCCAAAAGCACAACAUUUUAGUCAGCUAUAAAGACAAACUUAGUAUUUAUGAGAAGCAAAUCGUCCAUAUCAUCACCUCAAAUCACCGGAAACCUGCCCCCACACAACAACAACAACCACAACCACCACAUAUGCAAUCACAAUCACAAUCACAACAAACACACGAAAACCCAAUGACUUCCCAAAUGCAAACAGUCAAUCUACAGCAAACUUCUCUAUCUGGGGGUUCAACUUCAAAUUCUCAACAGACAGGGAUGAGUUCAAUACUUGACUCGGUGAGUGGGAGUGGGGCCCAACAAGUGAACAUAAAUCCAAUGGUGUCUGAUGGGGCAAUAGGUACCCUACAGGUGAACACAAUCAUGCUUCAUAUUAAACAACAACAACAACAACAGCUUCUUCGAAGCCAACAACUGAAACAAUUUCAAAAUCGCCAAAUGCAGCAACAGUUCCUUCAGAAACAACAGCAGCAGUUCAGACAACCAGAAGGAAACCAAGUUAACCAGACGACUCAGCUUCAUGAUGGUGGUGGUGAUAUGAAACUCAGACAAGAACAAAUGAUGCCAGGUGGCAGUCUGUUUUCAACUCAGUUAAUUCCAGGUGGUGGGUCCCCACAGAUUGAGGGACAAAAUAUGUUUAAAACUAUGCAAUCUGCCAACUCCAACAUUGGACAUGGGCAGGCAGUGUUGACUAGUCAAUCUCUUGCUAUUGGGACACCUGGCAUAUCGGCUGAGUUUACUAGUCCAGAUGGGAAUGGUUCGAUUGCUAAGUCUAGUGCUGCAGAACAGCCUAUUGAGAGGUUACUCAAAGUGGUGAAAUCAAUUUCAUCGAAUGCAUUGACUGCUUCUGUUAGUGACAUUGGUUCGGUUGUGAGUAUGAUUGAUAGGAUUACAGGAUCAGCACCAGGUAACAGAUCAAAAGCUGCAGUUGGUGAGGAUUUGGUUGCCAUGACAAAAUGUCAUCUUCAAGAAACAUCUUUUGCCACUCAAGAUGGAACCACUUCCACUUCCACUUCCACUUCCAAUCCCAUCAGGAAGAAGAUGAAAUGCUUUACAACUGCAAUGCCUUUCAAUGUUGCAGUCAAAAGGCCACGGAUUGAGACAAACCACUCCCUUUUGGAUGAAAUAAAAGAGAUAAACCGGGGACUCAUAGACACUGUGGUGGAUAUUAGCGCGGAGGAUGUUGACGGAACUGUGGUUAAAUGCUCGUUCAAUGCAGUAGCUCUCGGUUCCAACUUAAAGUCCCAAUAUGCUUCUGCCCAAAUGUCACCUAUUCAACCUCUACGAUUGCUCGUUCCUGCAAAUUAUCCGAAUUGUUCCCCGAUACUCUUGGAUAAGUUUCCCAUCGAAAUCAGCAAUGAGUAUGAGGAUCUAUCAGUGAAGGUGAAAUCAAGGUUCAGUAUAUCUCUAAGAAGCCUGUCACAACCGAUGUCACUUAAAGAAAUUGCAAGGACUUGGGAUAUUUGUGCACGUGCUGUUAUCUCUGAGUAUGCUCAGCAAACUGGUGGUGGUACCUUCAGCUCUAAAUAUGGUACAUGGGAGAACUGCUUAAGUGUGGUAAACUAACUAGUAUGUAUACUAAUUGCUCUUUGAAGCUAAAAGUGUAAUUAUUGUUGCAAAGACUACUAAUGCUGUUUGUUUGAUUGUCUCUGUCUACACUUAAUUUGGCUUAUAAGGUUAUGCUUGCGUGCGUAUAUAAGAAAAAAAAAACUAUGAAUCUA